AUGAACAGAAUGGCAGUAGUCCAGGCUUUCAUCAGCGAAAUGCAUCAUAAAGUUAUUCCUGCAUAUGAAUCAAUUCCUCAGACUACUCUGAGCUAUCUUUUAACAGGUAUUUCUGUGAAUUGUGCUUACACUUCCAAAAUAUUGCCUCCUGAAAAAGAAAGUGGCUUGCCACAUCAGAUUGGCAAUAAAACUGAAUUUAUGUGGGGCAGAAAUGUAUAUGACAGUAUCUCCAAAUUCUUGCAGUUCCAGCUUACUGUCAAUGUAGUAGCAGUAAUUGUUGUAUUUGUGGGAGCAUGUAUCACGCAAGAUUCACCACUGAAAACUGUGCAGAUGCUGUGGGUGAACCUCAUUAUGGACUCAUUUGCUUCUCUUGCUUUAGCUACAGAAAAACCAACUGAGUCUCUCUUGCUACGGAAGCCUUAUGGAAGAAAUAAACACCUAAUCUCCCGCACAAUGAUGAAAACCAUUUUGGGUCAGGCAUUCUAUCAACUCGUGGUCAUCUUUACACUUAUUUUUACUGGUGAAAAGCUUUUUGAUAUUGACAGCGGAAGAAACGCUCCUCUGCAUUCCCCGCCCUCCAAUCAUUACACGAUUGUAUUCAAUACUUUUGUGUUGAUGCAGCUUUGUAAUGAAAUCAAUGCCCGAAAGGUUCAUGGUGAAAGGAAUGUCUUUGAGGGAAUAUUCAGUAAUGCCAUCUUUUGUGCUAUCACUGCUGGUACGUUAAUUCUACAGAUACUUAUAGUAGAGGUUGGUGGGAAGCCCUUUAGUUGUACUGAGCUUACAGUAGAACAGUGGCUAUGGUCACUUUUCCUAGGGAUAGGAACAUUACUGUGGGGCCAGCUGAUAACAACGAUUCCAAAUAACUAUUUGAAGUUCUUGACAGAACUUGGUCAUGGGCCACCAAAGGAAGAAAUCCUUGAGGAAGAACUAGCUGAAGGUGCAGGAGAGAUUGACCAUGCUGAAAGAGAAUUACGUCGUGGUCAGAUCUUAUGGUGUAGAGGGAUGAACAGAAUUCAAGCUCAGAGCCGAGUGGUGAAUACAUUUCGCACUUCCUUUUAUGAGGAGUUACAAAAACCACAAACACACAGUUCUGUUCGCAGCUUAAGAGAAUCUAAGCAAUGA